AUGGACGCGGUCUUUGCUGCUGGAAAGUUCAAAGGUCGAUGGUACAGCGAUGUCGCGGGUAGCGAGACGGCCUUUUGCACUUGGGCGAAGAAGCAGAAGUCCCCUCCAGGUUACUUGCGCCCCUUCCUGGAUUUCCUGAAAAAUGGCAGGCGUGGACAGCAGUCCUUGGACACGGUGGUGGUGCGAAGUGCCAAGUCACGGCCGCAGGUUCGCGACGAGACCACGGAUCUUCGCAGCGACGGCGGUGGCAUUCGCUUCGACUUCACCAUGGACAUCGAGGUUGUGUCCCAGGAAGAGUUCGAGGUGGGUCCUGAGGACCAGAAUGCAGAGGUGCCCCACCUGAUGCGGCACGCCUUGGCGAGUCGCCCCGACGUCCGCUUCGCGGCGAAGGCGAAUCAUUGGCGCUUCGGAGCGCAGAGCUAUGUGGAUGUGCUGCGAUGGCUGGAGUGGAACCCGAAGUUCCGCUUUCGCGUCAACCCGGUGCCCAACUGGGUCCUGAAGCACUUGCCGGCCUUUCAGUCAGCAGCGGAGCAGGCCAAGGCCGCCACUGCCUUGCGCCUCUCCGCCGCCACGCGGCGGCUGCUCGCGGAGCUGCCGCCGGCGCACGCCGCGAACACGAACGCUGCGGACACGAACGCCGCCUCCCGGGCGACGGAGGAGGUGCAGGAGGUGAAUCUGGAUGGUUUGGGUGGAACCUUGCUUCCCUUUCAGGUGGAGGCGGUGCAAUAUGGCUUGGCGCGGAAGGGAAGGCUGCUCUUGUGUGACGAAAUGGGCCUGGGGAAGACCGUCACCACACUGGUGUUGGCCAGGCAUUUCAAAAGUUCCUGGCCCUUUCUGGUGGUCGCGCCGGCCCCUUUGUGCAAGCUUUGGCAGGAACAUGCCCUGCUUUGGCUUCCCAACGACUUGUCAGCCUCUGAGAUCGUGGUCAUCCGCUCUGGUAAGGACUCCAUUCCUCCCGCUGCGCGCAUGGUGGUGGUCUCCUACAAUCUCAUCACCGAUGCCAAGUUUCAACGCGCCGAGGAGGACUUUGAUUUGGUGAUUUUUGAUGAAUGCCACCAGCUGCGUGGCAACUCGCAACGCUCCAAAGCCUGCGUGCCCUUGGCCAAGAAGUCAUCCAAGGUAAUGCUGCUCACUGGCACCCCCCUGGUGGCCAGAACUCAGGAUGCUUAUCCUCUGCUGGAGGCCUUGUUGGACAUCUGCAGUCCUGCAGAGUUUGCUCAGCGCUAUGCUCCGAGCUCUGCCAGCUCAUGUCGCAACCAACGCCUCAAUGAACUGCAUUUGCUGUUGGGCGCGGUGAUGCUGCGCAGAACCAAGGAGAGCACUCUGAAGCAGCUUCCGGCGAAGCGACGGCAGCGCGUGCGCCUGGACAUGGCAUUGGAUGCGUUGGGAGAUCCGAAAGAGGAUUUGGAGGAAGAGUGUGCCAGGCUAUCCAAAAGUAAAUCGAUGGCCGUUGCCGAGUAUAUGAACUGCUUGAUCUCUGCUGAUGUUCGUUUCUUGGUCUUCGCGCAUCACCUGGCCAUGCUGGAUGAGUUGGAAGGUACCUUGCAGCGCGACUCGGUGCGCUACAUCCGCAUCGAUGGCAGCACUGCCAUGGAGCAGCGCAGCCAGUACGUGAAGGACUUUCAACAGAACCACGACGUGCAGGUGGCGCUGCUGAGCUUGACAGCUUGCUCUCAGGGGCUGACCCUGAACUCAGCGUCCGUGGUUGUCUUCGCGGAGCUCUACUGGGUGCCAGGGGUCCUGCUACAAGCUGAGGACCGUGCGCACCGCUUGGGCCAGGUGAAUAUGGUGAACGUGCACUAUUUGGUGGCUCCGGGGAGUGUGGACGAGCGCAUGUUUGCCGCCGUGGAGCGGCGCGCCUCCGCCGCCCGUCGCGCCGUGGACGGCGCUUCCAGCGCCGGUGUGACGUCGCUGGCGGCGGAGGCCACGGCGGGCGAAGCCCUGGAAGCGCUGGAAGUGAUGGCGUUAGGACAACAAAGAUUUGUUGCCAAGGAGUAA